GUUCUUCUCCUCUCAGUUUCUACGUCUAGGGUUUCUUCAUUUAUUCUUCACUAAUUUGUGUGAAUACACAUAACGUUUUGUAUCGAUUGCAUGAUUAUUUGUUUUUCAGUUAGUAUGAAUUAGGUGAUUUGUGAAAUUUUGAUUGGGCUUUAGUUAACCUUGUCUUUUGUUAUAAUUCUGACGAAUAGGGAUAUUCUUCUUAGAUACAAUCUUCGAUAACUGAGCAAAUUAUAUCAUGGCGGGGGGGAAUUUUAUGCACAGAGUUGUUUCUUACCUCGUCAAUGAGGUUCUUGUUAACAGCCUUGCCAACAGCCCUGCAUUCCAAAGAUUUGCUGUGAGGACAUCAAGGAGAAUUGAGGAUGUCUCAAGUUUGGCUCUAAAGAAAAGGCAAGAACUUGCUGAACAAAUGAAGGACCUAUCAAAGAACUUUGAGUCGAACAAGCAUUAAUGAAAUGGUGAUAUUGGACUUCGAAAAUGCAAUACAUGUAAAUUGUUAUGCUACACCCUUUUCUUCCCAUGACUGUAGGAAAGCAGAAGAAAAAAAAAUUAUAAUUAAAAAAAAAAGGAUGAGGGAUUUGCAGUUCCACACUAUUCAAGGUUUUGUGCUGUUUUAUUUCUUGCUAUGUAAUAAUUGACGGGAAAACAUGGCCAUUUGAAGUUUGAUGGAGAAAUUCCAUAUAGCUUUGCAAAUCUAUGAGAUUGUUCUUUCCCUCU